CCAGACACAGUGCCGUCGCCGCCGCCGGCACACUAUCAUCUAUCUCCCUCUGUGUCUCUCUCUCUCGCUCAAGUUUCCAUUGCAAUGGCGUCUUCGAUUCUCAGAAGCCCUAAUCUCACUUCACCAUCUUUAGGUGUACCUUCCAUUCCCGCCUUCUCCUCCUCUUUCUCGCCAUUAUCAUCUCUUCAUCUCCGAUCCAACCACCACCGUUCCGUCCGUUCCGUCUCCCUUAGCGCCGCCGGAAAACUCCGUCUCUCCUGCUCUCUCUCCGAUUCUUCUCCCCUACCUCCGUAUUCUCCUCGCCGUCGUCCCGAGUACACCCCUAACCGCAUUUCCGAUCCCAACUACGUCAGAAUAUUCGACACGACUCUCCGAGACGGCGAACAGUCUCCCGGAGCUACGCUCACAUCAAAGGAAAAGCUCGACAUCGCUCGCCAAUUAGCCAAGCUCGGCGUCGACAUCAUCGAGGCCGGGUUUCCCGCUGCGUCGAAGGACGAUUUCGAAGCAGUGAAGACCAUAGCGGAGACUGUUGGCAACACCGUCGACGAGAACGGGUACGUCCCUGUGAUCUGUGGGCUCUCGAGGUGUAACAAGAAGGAUAUCGAGACGGCGUGGGAGGCUGUGAAGUACGCUACACGGCCUAGAAUCCACACGUUUAUAGCUACGAGCGACAUUCACUUGAAGUAUAAGCUGAAGAAGAGCAAAGAAGAGGUUAUUGAAAUCGCCAGGAAUAUGGUUAGAUUCGCCAGGAGCUUGGGUUGUGAAGAUGUUGAAUUUAGUCCAGAAGAUGCCGGAAGAUCGGAGAGAGAGUACUUAUACGAGAUUCUCGGUGAGGUGAUAAAAGCUGGAGCAACAACUCUCAACAUACCUGACACCGUUGGAAUAACCUUGCCUAGUGAGUUUGGUCAGUUGAUUGCUGAUAUCAAAGCCAAUACUCCUGGGAUCCAAAAUGUUAUAAUCUCUACACAUUGUCAGAACGAUCUUGGUCUCUCCACCGCCAACACUUUAGCUGGUGCACAUUCGGGUGCUAGGCAAGUGGAAGUGACUAUCAAUGGAAUUGGCGAAAGAGCUGGAAACGCUUCACUAGAAGAGGUCGUGAUGGCCAUAAAAUGCCGUGGAGAUCAUGUAUUAGGAGGCCUAUAUACUGGAAUUGAUACUCGGCACAUUGUUAUGACAAGCAAGAUGGUUGAAGAGUAUACUGGUAUGCAAACGCAGCCCCAUAAAGCUAUCGUAGGAGCGAACGCCUUUGCGCAUGAAAGUGGUAUUCAUCAGGAUGGGAUGCUGAAGCACAAGGGUACAUAUGAAAUUAUGUGCCCUGAAGAGAUCGGACUUGAGCGAUCGAAUGAAGCUGGCAUUGUGUUGGGGAAGCUUAGUGGGCGUCACGCACUGAGAGACCGUUUGAAUGAGCUCGGUUACGAAUUGAAUGAUGAGCAGCUGAGAAACCUUUUCUGGCGUUUCAAAUCUGUGGCUGAGCAGAAAAAGAGAGUUACCGAUGCUGACUUAAUAGCUUUAGUAUCUGAUGAAGUUUUUCAGCCAGAGGCCGUGUGGAAACUCCUGGACAUGCAGAUAACUUGUGGAACACUCGGUCUCUCAACAUCAACAGUGAAACUUGCUGAUUCCGAUGGCAAAGAGCAUGUAGCUUGUUCUGUUGGAACUGGACCUGUAGAUGCAGCUUACAAAGCAGUUGAUCUUAUCGUUAAGGAACCGGCGACUCUGCUUGAGUACUCGAUGAAUGCAGUAACAGAAGGCAUUGAUGCUAUUGCAACCACUCGGGUUCUAAUCCGUGGAGACAACAACUACUCAUCAACAAAUGCAGUAACCGGUGAAUCUGUCCAAAGAACUUUUAGUGGAGCUGGAGCAGGGAUGGACAUUGUGGUGUCGAGUGUUAAAGCUUAUGUUGGAGCUUUGAACAAAAUGUUGAGUUUCAAAGAACACUCCUCCACCACUCUAAGUAAAACCCCUUUGGAGACCAACAAAGGCUUUCAUGCUCUCGAGGUUCUGCGAAAUUCAAAAAUGUCAGAAGUGCAAUCUGGUUUGUUUACAAUGUCGACGAUAAUCUUGAUCUGCAUAGGCCUGUCGAUGAUGGGAACAGGUCUUUACCAAAAAUCAACAGUGUCACCUUGCAUCCAAGAAACACCAGGCCAAUUCGUGUUUCUCGGCUGGAUCCUUCUCUUGAUUCCUCAGAUCGGUCUAUACGGAAUCUGUUGCCGCUCCAAACGCCUUUUCGUCUAUUUCUUCUACGGUAUGGUUGUGGUCAUCUUGAUUGUAACUGGUUACUCAAUCAAGUGCUUCGUUUACAACACCACUUUUGGCAUCGCCAAGAAUCCGGCCGAGGACCACCGCACCGUUAAUCAGUUGCUUGGUCGCCUCGUCUCUCCGGAAAAGUUUCGGCGCGUAACCACGUGUAUCGUUCAUACCCAUGACUGUAAUUUCAAUGCCAGCAAAAACAGCAAUGUUUGGAGGUAUUGCUGUGCACAGCCCGUAGGAUGUGGAGACGAGACGAUGUUCGACAAGCCAGGCGAAUGGAGUUGGAAACAGCAGUACCAACAGAACCAAGUUCCUGAAGAAUGCUCUUAUGACUAUUGUUUGAGUUGCAGAGGUUGCCAGCUCAGCAUUCUGAAAGCUAUUGUUCAUCAGUGGAAGUAUCUCUCCAUGUUUUCUUAUCCUACUUUAGUACUCUCCUGCAUCAGUCUUGCUAUGGCUUGGUUUCUCAAGGAGACAAUCAACCAAGUAGAUGAUUAUCGAGGUUCUUAUAGUUGAUUUCCGAAAUAUAUCUAGAAAUGGUUCUUGAAACUUGCAUCCAUCAUAUGUAAAAUCCCGUAGUCGUUAUACAGGAAGAACAACAAAAAAUCGAUCAAUGAG